AUAAAAACAAAACUAAAAUAUUAAAAAAAUUGAAUGAUGUAAAUACCAUUAGAAAUCAGCGAUGAUAAUUCUUUUAAGUUUUCAUUAAGGGAAUUAUUUUUAUAUUUUGGUCCAGGUCUUCUCGUAUCAAUUGCUUAUUUAGAUCCAGGGAAUUUAUCAGCAGAUAUAGAUUCAGGAACAUCUGGAAAAUACCAUUUACUAUGGGUAUUAUUUUUGUCAACAUUAUUAGGAUAUUUUUUCUAAAACCGUGCUAUGACGCUAGGUUUAGUAGCCGGGAAAGACAUGGCUAAAUUAUGCCGAGUGUAUUAUUCUCGUAAAACAUCAAUUUUAUUAUGGAGUAUGUGCGAAAUAGCAAUAAUGGGGAGUGAUGUAUAGGAGGUUUUAGGAAGUGCAUAUGCUUUGAAUGUUUAUUUGGAUUAAAAAUCUGGAUAGGAGUAUUAUGCACUAUUAUUUCGACAAUGUUUAUUCUUUAAUAAAAUAAAUUGGAUAAAGAAAAUUGGAAUUUCUAUUUGCCUUUUUUAAUAGGAAUCAUGGCUAUUCUUUUUUUAUUGAACUUGGAUUAAUUCAACCUGAUCCAAAAGAACUUUUUAAAGGUAUUUUUAUACCUUAUGUUCCUAAUUCUGCAUUGUAGUAAAUGGUGGGACUUAUUGGAUCUGUUUUGAUGCCGCAUAAUUUAUAUUUGCAUUCAUCUUUAGUUUAAGAGAAAAAAAUUCACAAAUAAAAUAUUGGCUUGUUGAAAAAAUCUAUUUUCUAUUUUAAAAUAGAAACGGGAAUUUCACUUCUUGUUUCCUUUUUUAUUAGUAUGGCUGUUAUUGGGACUUUUGCUUUUUGGUAUGUCCCUGGUGGUGGUCCAGAUAUUGAUUUAACAUAAGCUGGGGAUUAUUUAGAUUCUCAUUUUGGAAUUUAUGCUAAAUAUAUUUGGGGAGUGGGACUUUUAGCAGCUGGAUAAUCUUCUACUAUUACAGGCACUUUGGCAGGUUAAUAUGUAAUGUAAGGGUUUAUUAAAUUUAAUGUUGGUAAAUUUAAAAGAGCUUUCUUUACUAGAUUGGUUGCUAUUGUACCUUCUAUACUUAUUGCUUUUUUGGGUGAUAGUAAUUAAGAUUUUAAUAAUUAUUUGAAUGUUUUAUAGGCUAUAUAAUUACCUUUUGCUAUUAUACCGUUACUUAAACUUUCUUAUAAUAAAUAAAUUAUGGGCAAUUUUACUAUUGGUAAAAUUGAAAUUACACUUUUGAGUAUACUUUCAGCAAUUAUUAUUGGAGUUAAUUAUUAUAUUCAAGUGCCAGAUAGUAUUGACUGGAGUUAAUUUUAGGUUUAUAUUGUCAUAAUUGUUAUGGCUUUAUAUUUCUUAUUUAUGGUUAUUAUUCUUUUUACUAAACUUAAACUUUAAUUGUAAUCUGAUUAAGAUUAGACUAAUAAUUCAAAAAUUUAUGAAAAACCGACAUAUGAUUUAAAAUAAAUUUAAAAAACAGAAUGAUUUUUUUUUAUAGAAUAAAAUUAAUUAAAUGAUUAGAAUAUUUAUUUAUAUCCAAUAUUAAUUGAUUUUAUAUUAUUAUAAUGUAUUUAGUUGACAAUUUUUUAUUUAUAA